AUAUUUGAAAGUUCAAAAUCACACUCUCUCACACACACGAACGCUCUCUCUCUCACAUGCUCUCUGCCACACACACACACAGUCGGUCUUGAAGAUACAGAAAAGAACGUUGAAUCGAAGCAGCCAUUAAUUUAAUCUGGAAAUGUAUGCUGUGAGGGUGAAAUGACCUGUUAGAGUUUGAAUUGUGUAUUUUCCUUUUCAAUCAACUGAAAAAUUUUCUUCAGUUUGGUUGAAAAUGGAGAGGAAUAAGCAGAAAAAAUCGAACACGCCUUGCCCUUCUUUUGAAGGGACAAUUAUGCAGAACUUAUUAGCUAAAGAAAUGUCGGAUGAAACAUCGACCAAAAGGCGGUCGCCAAAUCUUAUAGCCAAGUUGAUGGGUCUAGAUGGACUACCAUCUCCCCAGCCUACUGCCAAAAGAAUCGAAAAGCCAUUUAAACAUGAUCAGUUUAAUAAGAAGAAAACAACAAUUGAACAACAACAUUUUAGAGAUGUUUAUGAAGAUCCACAAGCAUCACUACAUGUUGAAAAUCGAGUUUAUACAUCACAAGUGACUGCAAAAAGUAGAUACGCGAAACUGGAACUGGGAUACAUCAAGGAAAGAUGUGAUGAAAUGAUUAGGGAAUCCAUUGCAAUUAAAACUAAACUCGAAAGGGUGGAUUCCAGCCCGGACUUGACGUUGAGUUUUCUGAAAAACGGUCGGCAAGAUAUUCCUUUAGCUUCUAACGAGAUCAUAGUUUUUAAGCCAUCGAAUGCUAGUAGAUACGGGUCCCAUGGCAACGCCUUGAAAGAAGCAGUAAACUGUCGUGUUCCCGCUUCUCAUCGAAGAAAUGAGAACGGACAUUUACGAUACUCCUGUCAUUGUAAUGAUAACUCGCAUAGAUCAUCUAGAUACCGGUUAGAAAGGAAAGACGCAACCUUUAUUUCUCCAACUGAAAUUGUAGUCAUUAAGCCAAAUGUCGUAAAGAACUACAUCGAUAAAAAGAUUCUUCGUUCUGCUGAUGAAUGUAGGAAGAAUACAGAAUCAGAAUUUUAUCGCAGGGAACCGAAAACAAGAAUGUCACAAAGGUGGAAAACUAACGGGUAUAAAGAUGCGAGAAUGGUUGGUAAAAGCAGCACGCUUGAAAAAAUGCUUUCUGCUUCCAACGGUGAAACAAGGGCGCAUAGCGAAACUGGAUAUUUCAUGGGCCCGUAUGAGGUCAGUGAUGGAUAUGGUUGGAGAGACGAAUAUCACAGAAGUACAUCACGUUCAAGAUCACUCCCUUUGUCUCUCAACCGAAGUAAAAACAUUAGUGAUUAUUAUGAAGCUCAUGCUGAUGAGAAGAUGAUGGUACAUGAGAAGCUUGUUCGUCGAGGUAAAAGUAAGGGAGUGAUGGGUAAUUUUAGCGACAGAGAAGAUUCACGAUGCGAAACUUUACAAUACGGUGAAAGAUGUCACACGUCUAAUCGUUGGAAUGCAUGUACUCCGGAGUUUGAUGAUAUUUUACCAAGUCGGACUUACUUUGAGUACAAGGAUCCUGCUGAACAAGAGUCACUGAUUUCUAAUAUUCAUGAUGCGACCGCAAAUGCAGCUUCGGUUAUUGAUGUCUGCGUGCUAGGAGACGCAGAAUCCUCUGCUGUUGAUGGAGAUUGUUUGAAUCCACAGGAACCAGUGACUGCAAACGCACAUGGUACUGUUUCUGUUCACUUGUCUGGACCCGAGCUAGAAUCUUCAAAAGGCUCUAAAGAGUUUGAGUUUAGCCAACAUGAUCAACUCUCAGUGCUGGAAGUUUCUCCAACAGAUGAUUUAUCAUUCGGUUCUGAUAGCUUUGAGAGAGUUAGUUCCGAACUACACGAGCUCAGGAAACAACUUCAUAUGCUGAAAACGGAGUCAGGAACAACUUAUGAUAGCCCAAACGAUGAAGACACAGAACAAAUAUCAUCAUCAUGUACAGUUUCCGAGUCAGAGAACUUGGAAUCUACAUACUUAACAGAUCUCCUACAACAUUCUAACUUUUAUGAUCACGACCCGUAUACAUUCAUAAGUAAAUGGUAUACCGUAGAUCACCAUCCUCCUAUACAUCCUCGGUUAUCUGAUCAUCUUGAAAAGAAACACUCCAAAAUCUCGAGACUUGAAAGACGGUUGUUUCAUGAUCGUUUAAGCGAAGCAUUGUUCCUUCUUUCCAAGUCUAUGGUAUCAUGGUCGUUUGGUCAAAAAGGAACUAAGAUGACGUGGACUGAGAUUGGGUUUAAAGAUCGGUUGCAGACGUUGCUUGAUAAGCAAGAAAAGGAAGCAAACUGGGAAUUUGAGGAUAUGUUCAUUGACAGUGAUCUGGAAUGGUUUGAACCGGCGAGUGAAACCGAUUUUGUAGGUAUGCAAAUUGCUGAGGUGUUGGUAGAUGAGUUGGUAGUGGAAAUUGUUAGUAGACAUUGGUAGGGAAAGUAGAAUGUGGUGUAAGUGCAGGUUUGUAGGCAUAGAACCAAGACAGCAAAAUAAUGGGAAAAAAGAAACAGGUCAAUAGGUGAUGAAGGAAUGUGGUGUUUUUUUGAGAAAAUAUUACAAGAAUAUUGAAAGAUGUGAUGUGGGAUUUGGAUUUUAAAUGCAACAAUAAUAACAAUUUGUUCUUGUAUCUCGGAAACCCAUUAUUUAUUAUCGAUCAGGUUUCUCUCA